GUUGUAAGUGGUCACACUGCAUAUACAUUGUACAUGUGGUUUUGAACGUUGAGGUUUCAUUCAUCGGCAUUCGGCAAUUCUCUUCAACAUUCAAUUAGCUUUUUCUCUUAUAAAUUCGCAAAAUAUAUUGCUUAGUAGCAAAAUAAUAACGGAUCCACCAAAUUUAUAAAGUAGAGUAUUCAACCAUGACUGAAGAAAAAGAAGUAGCGACUGAAAGUAAUGGACAAGAAAACAAUCAGAGCGAGGGAAGUGAAGAGAUUUCAGAUCUUGAAAACUCUAUAAUUCGUCAAGUGGAAUAUUACUUUGGUGAUUCAAAUUUGCCAAGAGAUAAGUUUCUUCGAGAUCAAAUACUGCUUGAUGAUGGAUGGGUACCCUUAGAUAUACUGCUUAAGUUCAAUCGUCUCGCAAAGCUGUCAAAUGAUCAUGACAUUAUUGUUAAUGCCCUUGGUAAAUCAAGAUCCGGCCUGUUGGAGAUUUCAGAUGACAACAAAAAAGUCCGUAGAAACCCUGAAUUGCCAGUGCCAGAGAUGAAUGAAGAACGACGAAAGGAAUUAACUGCUCGCACCGUCUAUGCCAAGGGAUUCCCAAAAGAUAGCGUCUUGGAUGAUAUACUGAAGUUCUUAAAACAAUUUGAAGAAGUGGAGAAUGUUAUUAUGAGAAAAUAUCAAGACAGACAGACUAAAAAUAAGAUUUUCAAAGGAUCUAUUUUCAUUACCUUCAAGACUAAAGAGCAUGCUACAAAAUUAAUUGAGAGUAAGGGCUUAAAGUAUAAUGAUACGGAGUUAUUAAUACUUUGGCAAGAUAAUUAUUUACAGCAGAAACAAGAAGAGUAUGCCGCUCAUAAGGAAAAGAAACAGAAAAAAACACAAAAAGGAGAGGAGAAGGGUGAAAAGGAUGAUUUCAAACUACCCACUGGCACAGUAUUGUUCUUUAAUGAAGGCAGUGACAACCUCACUCGAGAGAAAAUAAAGGAUGCUCUGACGUCACUAGGUGGUGAAGUGGCAUAUAUUGAUUUUAACCAAGGUGACACACAAGGUUGGGUGCGAUUCAGCAAAGAAAAUGCUGCAAAGGAACUCUCCGAAAAAUUCACAGAUGGAAAAGUCAAAAUAGAUGAGAAAGAAAUCCCAUUCAAGUUGCUUGAAGGUGAUGAAGAAACGGCAUAUUUAGAAAAAACUGUUGAAGAAAUGGCCAAACGCCGUAAAAACAUGAAAAACUUCAAGAAUAGAGGAAGCAACAGGGGAAAGAAUUUCAGAGGGAAGGGCAGGAAACGGAGGCAAGAUGACAAUGGUGGCGGCCCUCCAUCUAAAGUUAAAGCCGAUAGUUAAAUAUUUAAACACCUUUGAAAGGUUAUUUUAGUGGUGCUUACCUAUAAGGAUACUGUUUGUGUACAUUUUAAAUUUGAAAUUUAAAAUAACACUAUUCGACAUUAAAGUUUAACUUAUGUUAAAUCUUUAAUAGACUAGGUUAGUUUGUAUAACCAUUGAAAUGGCUCGUACAGAAAUUCGUACUUGCGUUGCUAGCGAUUUCUGAAGUAUUUAGUACAUAGAUUAGCAUUGCUAGCAAGUCCUAUUAGUAUUUAAAAAAUAGUAAUAGAACUUAUUAUCAAAUUAAAACAAAAUUCUCUUAAUUCUAGUUUUCAGUCGAGGUCAGGUUGAAAAAUAGUUUUUUUAACUAUUAUUAUAUCUUGCUGACAGAAUAUAACAUUUUUUAUCUAUGUAAAAUACUUUUAUUUUCUGUAAUAAUAAAGUUUUGUAAAAAUGA